ACAAAUCCCAUAACGAUGGAUCCCAAAGCUCUCCCCGUCCCGAUUCUCUUCUCCUUCCUCACCAUCUUCCUUUUCUCCUUCCUACUGAUCAUCCGCCGGUGGACCCAAAAGCGACGAUCAAAACCCAGCCCACCACCAGGCCCAUGGAGAUUACCCAUAAUAGGCCACAUCCACCAUUUGGCCGGCCGCGGCAGCACCUUACCCCACCGCCGCCUCCGAGACCUGGCCCAAACCCACGGCCCAGUGAUGCUCCUCCAGCUCGGCGAAAUCAGCCACGUGGUCAUCUCCUCCGCCGACGCCGCCAAGCAGGUCUUCAAGACCCACGACGUCGUCUUCGCGCAGCGCCCCUUCAACCUCGCCGCCAAAAUCAUCACCUACGACCGCGCCGACAUCGCCCACGCCGCCUACGGCGACUUCUGGCGGCAGCUGCGGAAGCUCUGCACCCUCGAGCUGCUCAGCCCCAAGCGGGUCCAGUCUUUCCGGCCAAUUCGCGAAGAGGAAGGCUCGAAAUUCGUCCGCCGGAUCGCCGCCGCCGGCAGCGGCGUCCCGGUCAACCUCUCGAGGCUGAUUUUCUCGCUGACGUACGGCGUGACGUCGCGGAUCGCGUUCGGGACGGUGAGGGAGGAGGAGCAGGACGAUGAGUACAUUCCGGUUGUGGAGGAAAUCAUGGCUGCGGCGGCCGGAUUCGGGGUGGCGGAUCUGUUCCCUUCAUUGAAAUGGCUGGAGAGAGUGAGCGGGAUGAAGGCCAAGCUCGAGAGGCUGCACGGGGUUCAAGACAAGCUGCUGGAGAAGAUCAUCGCCGAACAUCGGGUGAGGAGAUCGACGGCAGGGGAAAACAGGGGAACGGAACAGAGUGUGGAGGCUGCAGCAGAGGAUUUAGUGGAUGCUCUGUUGAAUCUUCAGAGAGAUGGUGACCACCUUGGAUUCAGCUUGACCAACGAUAACAUCAAAGCAGUCAUCGGGGACGUGUUCAUUGCUGGGAGUGAAACUUCGUCGACGACGGUAGAAUGGGUAAUCUCCGAGCUGAUAAGGAAUCCAACCGUGAUGAAGAAGGCACAAGAAGAGGUGAGACGGGUAUUUGGCGAAAAGGGCAGAGUAGACGAGGCAGGGCUCAAUGAGCUGAGCUAUUUGAAAUUGGUCAUCAAAGAAACCUUGAGGUUGCACACUCCAGCUCCUCUGUUGGUUCCAAGAGAGAGCAGGGAGGAGUGUGAGGUUGGUGGGUAUCAGAUACCAGUCAAAGCAACUGUGCUGGUCAAUGCGUGGGCGAUUGCAAGGGAUCCUAAUACGUGGGACGAACCUGAAGAAUUCCGUCCUGAGAGGUUUCUUGAUGGUAUGGUGGAUUACAAAGGGACUAAUUUCGAGUAUCUGCCGUUUGGGGCGGGAAGAAGGAUGUGUCCCGGGAUAGUGUUUGGUAUAGCGAAUACCGAACUACCACUUGCCAAUAUGCUUUUCUAUUUUGACUGGAAGCUUCCAAGUGGUUUGAAGGUGGAGAGACUAGAUAUGGAGGAAUCAUUUGGGGUUACGGUUCGACGAAAAAAUGACUUGGAAGUAAUUCCUAUAAUUUGUCAUUCUCCACCGACAAUUUCUUGAUCGUUAGAAUAAAGACGAGGCAAGAAGGAGCGGCCAAAUAAUGAAAAAUCUUAUACAAA